AUGUGGUGGAGUAGAUUCGUAGAGGCGCAGACUGGCACUCCUCUUGCGGUGCCUUUUGGUCUUGGUGGGUUCAAGGUGUCUCUCGAGCGUCUUGCGGGAAACGAGUACGAAGACAUCGAGACCCUCAACACUGUUUCGUCGCUUGCGCACCACUUCGACGAAGAUGGCCAGCGUCGACGAAAGGCGGCCGUUCGCUCGGCCGCCAGCGUCGAGUCUGGCAACGCGGGCAACCGAACCCGCGCCAUCUCUGACACGGAAACCGAAAUCAUGCCCGGUGGCGUGUCUCGCGACCAGUCCCCCACUCCCGUCGACAAGGGCGCGGACUACGAUGGCGGCGAGGUCGAGAGGAGGAACUCCCUGGUCCAGUCCCUGGCUAGGCAGUAUACCCGCCAGUCUCACUACGACGUCUCGGGCAACCCCUUCACUGCCGAUGAAAAGUCGGCCCUCAACCCGGCCUCGGAACACUUCAAAGCCAGUGCCUGGGCCAAGUCCGUUGUCAACAUGGUGACCACGGCCGGCCACGAGUUCCGCUCCGCCGGUGUCGCCUUCCAGAACCUCAACGUGUACGGAUACGGCGAGGCUACUGAUUACCAAAGGACCGGCGGUAGCCGUCGGCGUAUCGACAUUCUCCGCUCCUUCGACGGUGUCACCAUUUCUGGCGAGACCAAUGGUCUCUUCCUGGAUGACGGCUCGUACUUCAACUACCAGGGUAUGAGCGCAAAGGAGAUGCACUCCCACCACCGCGGUGAGGCCAUUUACACUGCUGAAAUCGAUGCUCAUUUCCCCCAACUGUCCGUCGGCGACACUCUCACCUUCGCCGCCCACGCGCGCCAGCCCCGCCAGCUUCCCGAGGGCGUCACCAAGACCAUGUUCGCCAACCAUCUUCGCGAUGUUGUCAUGGCCAUGUUCGGUAUCUCCCACACCAUCAACACCAGGGUCGGUCUCGACAGCGCCAACGCCAUUGAGUUCUGCAAGACCCUUCGCCUGCAAACCGAGCUUUUCAACAACACUGCCUGCGUCUCCAUCUACCAGGCUCCUCAGUCUGCCUAUGACCUCUUUGACAAGGCCACCGUCCUCUACGAGGGUCGCCAGAUCUUCUUCGGCAAGGCCACCGAGGCCAGGCAGUACUUUGUCAACCUCGGCUUCGAGUGCCCUGCCCGCGCCACCACUCCCGAUUUCCUCACCAGCAUGACCUCGCCUCAGGAGCGUAUUUUUGCGGCUGCGUGGAAGGCCAGCGCCGAGUACAAGGCCCUCCAGGCCGAUAUCGAGUCCUUCAAGACCGAGCACGAGAUUGACGGUGCCGAUGCCCAGGCUUUCCGUGCCAACAAGAAGGCUCAGCAGGCCAAGGGCCAGCGCUCCAAGUCUCCCUUCACCCUGUCGUACAUCCAGCAGGUGAACCUCUGCUUGUGGCGUGGCUACAGGCGCCUGAUCGGCGAUCCCAGCUUGACUGUUGGCGCCUUGAUCGGUAACUUCAUCAUGUCUCUCAUUAUCGGCUCUGUCUUCUAUAACCUGGAUAUGACGACCGCCAGCUUCUUCAAGCGUGGCGCCCUCAUCUUCUUCGCCUGUCUCAUGAACGCUUUCGCUAGCGCCCUGGAAAUUCUCACCCUGUAUGCCCAACGUCCCAUUGUCGAAAAACACUCCCGUUACGCCUUGUACCAUCCAUCGGCGGAAGCUGUCGCUUCCAUGUUGGUGGAUAUGCCCUACAAGGUUGCCAACUGUAUCGCUUUCAACGUCGUCCUCUACUUCAUGACCAAUCUGCGCCGCGAGCCGGGGCCCAUGGUGCCCGCCGCGAUUCUCAUCCUUGGUCUCAUCAUCUUCACCGGCUUCGUCAUCCCCAUCGACUACAUGCUUGGCUGGUGCCGCUGGAUCAACUACAUCGACCCGCUCGCCUACGCUUUCGAGUCACUCAUGGUCAAUGAGUUCCACAACCGCGAAUUCACCUGCAACGAGUACGUGCCUCCCAUGAUUGGCGGCUAUGCCGAUGUCGGUUCCGCCAACCGUGUCUGCACUGCCAUUGGCUCCAUCGCCGGAUCCCCUUUGUGGCGAAACUUGGGCAUCCUCAUCGGUUUCACCGCUUUCUUCUUGAUGACGUAUAUGAUCUCUGCCGAGCUUGUCUCCGAGAAGAAGUCCAAGGGUGAAGUUCUCGUGUUCCGCCGUGGUUACAAGCCCGCCACCUUCUCCGACAAGAAGUCGGACGAUGUAGAGGCCAACAUGGCCGCUGUCGGUCCCACCACCACCCGCGACGCCGAUCCCACUCUCGCUGGCCACUUGCAGCAGCAGACUUCGGUCUUCCACUGGGAAGAUGUGUGCUACGACGUCAAGAUCAAGAAGGAAACGCGCCGCAUCCUGGACAACGUUGAUGGAUGGGUCAAGCCUGGUACUUUGACUGCGCUCAUGGGUGUCUCCGGCGCCGGUAAGACCACUUUGCUCGACUGCUUGGCCGAUCGUGUUUCCAUGGGUGUCAUCACUGGGUCCAUGCUCGUCGACGGUCAUCCCCGUGACAACUCGUUCCAGCGCAAGACCGGUUACGUCCAGCAGCAGGAUCUCCAUCUCCAGACCACCACUGUUCGUGAGGCGCUCAACUUCAGCGCUCUCCUUCGCCAACCUGCUCAUGUCUCCCGUGAGGAGAAGCUCGCCUAUGUCGACCAGGUUAUUAAGCUGCUUGAUAUGGAGGAAUAUGCUGAUGCUGUUGUCGGUGUGCCCGGUGAAGGUCUCAACGUUGAGCAGCGCAAGCGUCUUACUAUCGGUCCCACCUCUGGUCUUGAUUCUCAGACUUCUUGGGCUAUUCUUGACCUUUUGGAGAAGCUCACCAAGAGUGGCCAGGCCGUUCUCUGCACCAUCCACCAACCUUCUGCCAUGCUCUUCCAGCGCUUCGACAGGCUCCUCUUCCUCCAAAAGGGUGGCAAGACGGUGUACUUUGGUGAGAUCGGCGAGUAUGCCAAGACCAUGAUUCAAUACUUUGAGCGACACAGCGGUCUCAAGUGCCCCGACUCGGCCAACCCUGCCGAGUGGAUGCUCGAGGCCUGGCGCGAGAGCCCCGAGUACAAGGAUGUCAAGGGUGAGCUCAACAGGCUUGUCGAGGAGCGAGGACCUAUCCCUACCAAGGAGGAGGAUGCCGGCAGCUAUCGCGAGUUUGCUGCUUCCUUCCCCAACCAGUUCCGCGAGGUCUCUCAACGUGUCUUCCAGCAGUAUUGGCGCACUCCCAGCUACAUCUACUCCAAGAUUUCGCUCUGCGUGCUCGUGGCUCUCUUCAUCGGUCUUGUCUUCCUGAACGCCCGAAACACGAUCCAGGGUCUCCAAAACCAGAUGUUUGCCAUUUUCAAUAUCCUUACCGUCUUUGGUCAGCUCGUGCAGCAAACCAUGCCUCAUUUCGUCAUCCAGCGAGACCUCUACGAAGUGCGUGAACGUCCUUCCAAGGUGUAUAGCUGGAAGGUCUUCAUGUUGUCGCAAGUCCUCGUCGAACUCCCGUACUGCGUCCUUCUCGCGGCCCUCAUGUUUGUCUGCUGGUACUACCCCGUUGGACUCCAGCGCAAUGCCGUGCAAGCGGACCAGGUGACGGAGCGAGGUGCUCUCAUGUUCCUGUAUCUCUUGCUGUUCCUGCUCUUCACGUCGACGUUUACGGAUUUCAUCAUUGCCGGAUUCGAAACCGCAGAGGCGGGUGGAAACAUUGCCAACCUGCUCUUCUCUCUCUGCCUCAUCUUCUGCGGUGUCCUCGCCAACCCCGAUAGCAUGCCUCGGUUCUGGAUCUUCAUGUACUACCUCUCGCCCUUCACCUACCUUGUGUCGGGCAUGCUGUCGACGGCGGUCGCCAACACCGACGUUGUGUGCGCCGACAACGAGAUUCUGCACUUUGCCCCCUUCAACAACAUGUCGUGUAUCGAGUAUCUCGGUCCCUUCAUGAAGGAAGCGGGCGGCUACCUCAUUGACGAGAACAGCACGACCGAGUGCCAGUUCUGCGCCAUUUCGGACACCAACGUUUUCCUCAAGGCCACCAAGGUGGACUAUGCCGACCGAUGGAGGAACUUUGGCAUCGUGUGGGCGUACAUUAUCUUCAACGUGGUGGGUGCGUUGGUCAUGUACUGGCUCGUGCGUGUGCCGAAGAAGGGCGGCUUGUUCGGCAAGAAGAAGCAGGAGUAA